UACUUCAUCCAAUUGGAUAAAGACCUUUUCUGUGGUAAUUUUGUGAUCUUUCGAAAUUGGUAUUGCGCGUUAAUACUUGAUGAUCUGACAAAAUUAACUGCUAUUACACCGGAAGUCAUUAGCAGACAGGCCACAAUCAAUAUUGGUACUAUUGGUCAUGUGGCCCAUGGUAAAACUACCGUUGUCAGAGCAAUUUCAACUGUGCACACUAUCCGACAUAAAAACGAACUCAUUAGAAACAUUACUAUUAAAUUAGGUUAUGCUAACGCGAAAAUUUAUAAAUGCGAUAGCCCCGAUUGCAAACCCCCAGGGUGCUAUAAAUCUGCGGGUAGUAGCAGUCCCGAUGUAAUGCCAUGUGGACGCGUGGGAUGCUCCGGAAAUUUGCGAUUAGUAAGGCACAUAUCCUUUGUUGACUGCCCUGGCCAUGAUAUCCUUAUGGCCACUAUGUUAAACGGCGCUGCAGUUAUGGAUGCUGCAAUCCUUCUAAUCGCUAGCAAUGAGCCUUGUCCACAGCCCCAAACCAGUGAACACUUAGCUGCGGUGGAAAUUAUGCACCUCGAUACAAUCAUAAUUCUACAGAACAAAAUCGAUUUGGUUCGCGAAGAGGCUGCUCGAGAACAAUACCAACAGAUUAAUGAGUUCAUCAAUGGCACAGUUGCACGAAAUGCUCCGAUCAUCCCAAUUUCUGCUCAACUGAAGUACAACAUUGAUGUUGUUUGCGACUACAUUGUCAAUACCAUCCCUCUUCCUCUUCGUGAUUUUACUUCCGAUCCUAGACUUAUAGUCAUUCGAUCUUUCGAUGUGAACAAGCCCGGAUGUGAGGUCGAUCAACUUCGUGGUGGCGUAGCGGGCGGUAGUGUUCUUCGUGGUGUCCUUAAGGUUGGUCAAGAAAUCGAGAUCCGGCCUGGCCUGGUCACCCAGAAGGAUCGCUCAGGCACAGUCUCCUGUCGCCCUAUCCGUUCAUGCAUCCUUUCACUUUUGGCGGAACAAAAUGACCUCGCAUAUGCUGUCCCCGGUGGUUUGAUUGGUGUGGGCACUAAGAUCGAUCCACAGCUCUGUCGUGCUGAUCGUUUGGUGGGCCAUGUCCUCGGUGCUGUUGGUACUCUGCCCGACAUCUUUGUCGAGAUUGAAAUUUCUUUUUACCUCUUCCGACGUCUACUUGGUGUGAGGACUGAGGGUGAUAAGAAGGGAGCUAAGGUCCAAAAGUUGGCUAAACGUGAGAUGUUGAUGGUUAAUAUUGGCUCGUUGUCAAGUGGUGGUCAUGUUGUAGCUGUGAAAGGUGAUUUGGCAAAGAUCUCCCUCAAUACCCCCGUCUGCACUGAAGUGGGCGAGAAGGUGGCGCUUAGCCGUCGUGUUGAAAAGCAUUGGAGAUUGAUUGGCUGGGGCAAGAUUCGUCGUGGAGUCAAGCUUACUCCCCAGGAAUAG